AUGGAAUUGCAAUUUUAUGUGUUAAUAGUAACUGCGAUUAUUAUCACAGUUAGUACAAUUAUUCCAACUACAUACGCAUCCAAUGCUAAUGUUAGUAUUGACUACAUUAAACAAGGUGGAUGUAAUUCAUCAAUUCUAGUACGAGUUGGUGAUUAUUGUGAUUAUAUUUUGGUAAUAACGAUUCCGACAAAUGGUGGUUCAAGUGCAUCAACUGAUCUUAAUGUUGAAAUUAUAAUGCCGGAUAAUGCUACUGUUGUUAUGCAAAUGUCAAAACCUUCGGUAACAUAUGUUGGUGGAAAUUUUGCUAAUUCAGCAGGUAUUUAUGAUCCAACAAUUACAAUGACGUCACAAUCAAAUUCAUCACAAUUUAAUGAUGCUCAAAUUGAUUUUGGAACAGUUGUCAACAAUAAUCUUGUGUCAUCAACUAAUGAUACACAAAGUACAAUUCAAAUUGGUUUCCGUAGUGUUGUUAUUAGUAAUCCAAGCGAUCAAAUAGGUGGCUCUCAAUAUUGGGUUACUGUUGGUAUCGAAUAUAAUAAUGUUUCAGAAAUCUGGAUUGGUCAAGCAUUAUUUAUUUUUUCCAAUGCAUCGAGUGGUGGAAUGGGAGCAUUUACAUUAGGUGCUGUUAGUAAUUCAAGUUUACAAAUUCCACAAGGUUCACCAUUUCAAUUAGCCGUACCAGUUAUUUAUAAUAGUACAUAUGCAUCAAAUUUUGUCUUUACAAUUACAAAUAAUAAUCCGGCAAACAUUGGACUUUGUUCAGCAUAUGUUCAAAGUGCAACUGCAGGCUUUCAACAUUUACCAACAUUAGGCUAUGAAAUAUCAGUAAGUUUAACAACAGCACCGGCUAGUAAUCAAAUAAGUAUUAACCUGGGUCAAGUCGUCAAUUCACAAUCAUACAGUGGUUCAGCAUCAACUCUUUAUAUUGUUGUCUAUGGACGUGUAUUUAAAACUGAUAGUGUUAGUUCAUAUACUGCUGGUACAUUUACUGCUCAAGUAGCAUCCACUAAUUCAACAAUAUCACAAGCUUAUACUAUUUAUGCAACGGCAGCCGCGGCAUCCUAUGCUAUUAAUAGUUCAUCAUUACCAACAUUUACAAUUACACAACAACAACAAAAUGCCGGAAUUUAUCAAGCAGUAUCAAUGACAAUAACAAUGACUAUUCCAAGUGGUUUUAUGGCUCCUGUCGUUAUUGAAUUAAAUGGUGCAGGAAAUAAUACUGUAUCAGCUUUAUCCACUUGUGCAGUUGUAUUUCAAUCAGCUGGAGAAAAUGUUGGAAGUUCAAAUCCUCAAUGUGCUGAUACAAGUGCAUCAAGAAUGACUUAUACAUCAAGUACAAAUUCAACAACUUAUGAUCAAUUAUCAUACGAUUAUGGUGUUAUACAAAAUAUGGGUUCACGUUCAACAAUUUAUGACGAUUCAGUAAAUACACUUGUUUUUAAUGCAGUUUUUCAAGUAUUAAAUACAACACAAACUAUAAUUUGGCCAACUGUUGCUAUGACACUUGGAAAUAAUACAAUAUGGCUUGGUAAUGCUGCUGUUAAUGUUACACCAAUAAGUUAUAAUUCUACAACUGCUACUCGACCAACUUUUGCAUUGUCCUAUGAAAAUAAUAGUACAAGUAAUUAUUCGUCGACAUUUUUAGGAUAUACACGCUUAUUUUACUAUGAUAUCUAUACACAACCAAAUGGUAUUUAUACACCAAUGACAUUAAGUAUAACAACAAAUGAAACAACUCCUGGUAGUGGUAUAGCAGCUGCAAGUAUUUGUGCAGUUCAAAUUUUAUAUGUUGGACAAAAUACUCCAUGUUUAAUUCCAACACUUUAUAAUCAAAAUCAAUCACCAUUUAUAACAUAUGCAUCAAGAUAUAGUCAACGUAAAAAUGAUACUGCUUAUGUACAAUUAGGUCCGUUAUGUAAUUAUCAAUCAACUCAAUCUAAUCCUAAUCUUGGUCGAAUUCGUGUUGGUAUAUAUGUUAAAAUUGAAGCAGCAUUAGGUGAUGGACAAUCAACUUAUAUUAAUCUUGAUGUUUAUUACUCUCCAGAUAAUCUUUGGAUUGGACAAGUUCUUUUUACUGGCGUUCAAGUAGUUUCCGUACCAAAUGUUCUUGGAACACCUUUAAUGUAUGCAAUUAAUUCAAGUACACAAACAUUUACUAGAAAUGGUUUAACAAUCGUUAAUUUUGGUUUAAAAAUUCCACCAUCGUCUGUUGGAAUUUAUUCGUCAUUAAAUAGUGCUAUUACCAGUGAAACUAAUCAACAAACAAGUGUAUGUCGAGUUGAUAUAUCAACAAAUCGUGGUAGUAAUGUACCAUGUUCAAAUGAUGUAUCAUCAGUAUUUACAUAUAAUUCCAAUGGAUUAUCAUCAACAGCAGUAACAAAUCUUGGAUUAAUUUGUAAUGUGGGUUCAAAUUCUUCGACAUUAAAUUCAACAGCAUCUGCUGAUCCAAAUACAUUAUUUGUUCAAGUUUAUCUUCUUGCAACAACACAAUCAAGUUCACCAUUUAAUUUAGUUUUAUCAAAUUUAGUACCAUCAGGUCAAUCAGCAUUGGCAUCAGUAGCAUCAUCCCUUAGUGGUGGCUCAACAAAUGCAUAUGGAAAUAUCUUAUCUAUAAAUCCAUUAAAUUCAACAACUUAUCAACAAACAAAUGAUACAAAUAACGGCACAAUAGCUUAUCUCGGUCAAGAUGUAGCUAUUCGUACACAAUUUGUACUUGCUCAAAAUUUAACAGGUCAAACAUGUUAUCUUAUAUCAUUUCAAUUUGGUAUAACUGCAUCAACAAUUAAUGCAGCUUAUUUUACUACUGCAUUUGUUGUAAGUUCUGGCGAUAAUUUAAUGUGUAUGAAAACUAAAGCAACACCAUUUCUUAGCAGCGGUGGUUCAACUUUAUACAAUGCUUCAAUGUAUCUUGAUCUUGGUACACUUUGUUAUUAUCCAAUUGAUCCUACAAAUAUAACAGCAAGCACUUUAAUUAUCCAAGCAAAUAUUCGUAUACCAGUAACAACAACAGUUCCAGUCAAUAAUCAAUUAUCUGUUACUGUCGGAGCAUUAGUGAAUAAUAAUCAAUCGACUUCAAAUACAACUGUUCCAUUAACAGUCAAAAAUUAUACAGCUUAUACUGGUUUUACAUCAUUUUCAAAUGAUACAUCAAACGUACUUAUAACGGCAGGAAAUUCAACUAUGGUAGAUGGUAUACGUCAAAUGGUUACAUAUGGUUUCAAAAUAUAUUUACCAACAGAUUCUCAAGGACGUUUACAAAUAACAAUAUCUAGUAUAGCAAUAUCAAAUAGUGUUACAGUUGAUAUUCAAUCAGCAACUAUUCUUUCUGCUGGUAUUAAUGUUGGAUCAUUUAUGUAUGAAUAUGCACUUGGAAAUAAAUAUCAAUGGACUUAUUCAUCAAGUGUAGGUUCAUCAUAUACCGAUACAGCAUAUCUUGAUUUAGGUGUUAUUACAAAUACAGGAGUAUCGCUUAUGCAAAAUAACUUUUCAAAUUUAACUGAUAAUUUUAUAUAUGUUCAAGCAACUGGUUAUUUAACAGAUUGUCCAGCCGCAGAACAAAAUACUACAUUUACCGUUGGUUUGAAUGCUAUGUAUGCCGGAAAUAAUAUAUCAAAAACAUAUUCUCAAAUUGUUGCAAGAAAUGGAACUGAAAAACCAGUUAUGUUAGUUAAUCAUACUGAUAUAACUAGUGGAAAUUAUGGAAUGGGAUCAACCUAUAGCGGUGUAAUUCAAUAUAGUCAUGCGAAUAAUUCAAAUGCUGAAUGUAUUAAUGCACAAAUAAUAAUCUAUAUACCAACUUGGGUAUCAUAUCAAAGUUAUAAUUCAAGUACUUUAGGAACAAAUUAUACGACUGAUAAUGCGACAUAUAUUAUUUUUAAUUUGGGUACACUUUUAUUUAACGAUGCUGGUGUAUUAACAUUUAGUCUUAAUAUUGGUACAUCAAAUCAAAUGGCUUUAGUUUAUCAACGAUAUAAUGCACCAAGUGUUACAAUUCCUUAUGAAUUCAUGUGCAUGAAACGACCAAGAGCAAAUGUUGCAUAUUAUCCUACAUCAAAAAUAUUUACUUUUCCAGAUAUUAUCUCGCUUUCAACAGUCAUGACAUCAGCUUCAAGCUAUCCAUCAUUACUCGGUGGAUUAAAUUCAUGUCAAUUUACAACAAGUGUUUCAGGAUCUGAUGCAUCAUUAGUUCAAACAACUGGUUGGCAAACAGGAUAUCGAUCGGAUUCAUGGAUGUUAUCUGGUGCAACAUAUGUUCAAAUUAAUUUUGGCAAUUUAACAAUUAUAAAUAGUAUACAAUUAACUGUUCCUGCAGCAUUUGCACCAAUUCUUACUGUACAACUUGGUUAUAGUUGGGAUGGAACAAGUUUUGCUAUGGAUCCAACAAUGUAUGCAGUUAAUGGUAGUUCAUCAUAUACAUUUCCAUUAACAGGUACUCUUUCAAUUCGUUAUUUACGUAUUUAUAUAAUUGAUGUCGUACAACCAAAUGAUUUAUUAACAAAAACAUCCGGUUUUACUUUGAAUAUAACUGGUAUAGCUAAUUCAACAAAUACUACUCUUGCAAGUACUUGUCCUAGUGUAUCGAGUAUGCUUUUACCACGAACAGUACUUGUUGCACCAGCAGCACAAACAGGUCUUACUUAUGCAAAUGAUGUUUAUGUUUGUGAUGAAACAACAACAAGAACUGCAAUUUUAUGUUAUGUUCUUUUUAAUGGUAUUACAUCAUCAUCAGCAACAUGGACUGCUUUGAAUACAACAGUCGCAAAUAUUAAUUUAUUUGUAUUUGAUUCGAAUCAACAAAUUCAAUCAUUAUAUGGCUAUGCACAAGAUGGUGUCUCAAUUGUACGUAGUGAUGAUCGUGGUUUAACAUGGUUAAUAACUGAUAAUACUGAAUAUUCGAAUAUGACAGCUCAAUGUAGUGCAAGUUUAAAAGUUUGCACAUCAAGUACUUCAUAUCCAUUAACGAGCGGUGCGUCAGGUUAUACGGCAUUACAAGGAGGUAGUGGACCAUGGGCAGCUUCAGUUAAAGGAGUUUGGACAUCAUCAUCAAGUGGAGUUUUAGCUUUCAAUUGGUUUGGAUAUUGA